AACUCUUACUACAUUCCGCUUCGCACGAAAUGCCCGAUGCGUUGCCGGCUCAUCCUGUCACUUGCCAUCUUCGCCGUCGCACUGCUCGCGCCCCGCACUGCCGGGGAGCCAUGGGUGAUGUGCGGAGAUGACUUCGGCACCUUUACGCUCCAGAGCAGGUACUACGCCAACCUCAUGCGCAUCAACGCCACCCUGCCCAGUAACGCCUCCGCGUCGCCGGACCUCUACGCCACCGCCGUGGACGUCGGCGCCGUCCCGGAGCAGGUCUCGGCCGUCGCGCUCUGCCGCGGCGACGUCGGCGCCGCGUCCUGCCUCAGCUGCCUCACCCAGGCCUUCGCCAACCUGGCGAACCUUUGCGGCAACACCAAGGACGCCACGAUAUACUACGACAGGUGCACCCUCAGCUACUCCAGCGUCCACUUCCUCUCCGACGGCGACGACCCCAGGCAGAUCCCGGCGUACACGGUGAACAACCUCGCCGGCAACGUCACGUCGGAGCCGGAGCGGUACAACCGCCUCGUCGCGGCGCUCGUGAACGCCACCGCCGACUACGCGGCGUACAACUCCACCCGGCUGUACGCGUCCGGGGAGGCCGACUUCAACAGUCAGUUCCCCAAGGUGUACAGCAUGGCGCAGUGCACGCCGGACCUGUCGCCGGAGAGGUGCCGGAGCUGCCUCGCCAAGAUCGUGUCGCAAGAAAUCGGGACGUACAAGGACACCAUCGGAGGCAGGACGAUGGCAGUCAGGUGCGCCUUCCGCGUCGAAACCGUGCCUUUCCUCAAUGGCACGAUGCUGGUCCGGCUGCGGCUACCUGCAGGGACAUCAGCUCCCUCUGAAUCGCCGGCUCCGGCACCGGCGGCCUUGGUCGAAAGGACGAGCAGGUGGAAAAUAGCUGUAUACGUUUCAGUGGCUACGUUUGCUGCCAUACUGACAAUUAUUGCGGCGUGCUUUAGUCGUUGGAGAAGAAUCACAAACACAGCAGCAAAACAACUACAACCACACACAACUAGUAGUGAAGAUAUUCAGAGCAUAGAUUCGCUUCUUCUCGAUGUGUCAGCACUACGUGUUGCAACAGAUAAUUUUGCUGAAGACAAAAGGCUCGGUGAAGGAGGAUUUGGUGUAGUUUACAAGGGAAUUCUACCUGAUGGUCAAGAGAUAGCAGUCAAGAGGCUCUCUCAGAAUUCUAGACAAGGAAUAGGAGAGCUGAAAACUGAGCUAGUAUUAGUGGCUAAGCUUAACCACAAGAAUCUUGUGAGGCUGGUUGGCGUUUGCCUCGAAAAACAUGAGAAUAUACUUGUGUAUGAAUACUUGCCAAAUAGAAGCCUCGAUAUCGUUCUUUUUGAUGCUCAGAAAAACAAAGAGUUACCCUGGGCAAUGAGAUACAACAUCAUAGAAGGGAUUGCUAGAGGUUUGCAAUAUCUUCAUGAAGAUUCUCAGAUGAAGAUAGUUCAUCGUGACCUCAAGGCAAGCAAUAUUCUUUUGGACUCUACUUAUAAUCCUAAGAUUUCUGACUUCGGCUUAGCAAAAAUAUAUGGAGGGGAUCGAUCACAUAUUAUCACGAAACGUAUUGCCGGAACACUUGGAUACAUGUCACCAGAAUAUGCGAUGCGCGGUCAAUAUUCGAUCAAGUCUGAUGUGUUCAGCUUCGGUGUGUUGGUCUUAGAAAUUGUCACCGGAAGAAGGAGCUAUGGCUCUUACGACUACGAGAAAGGCACUGACCUCAUAAAUGCUAUAUGGCAACACUGGAUUAGGGAGAAGGUCGUCGAAUUGAUUGAUCCAUCCCUGAGGAACAAUUCUCCCAUCGACCAGUUAUUAAAGUGCAUCCACAUCGGUCUAUUGUGUGUCCAAGAGAACCCUGCAGAUAGGCCGUUGAUGUCAGCAGUAAAUUUUAUGCUUAGCAGUAACACAGUCCAACUCCCUUCUCUGUCCAGGCCAGGCUUCUGCACCCAGGAGAUUUGUGCCAACUCAACCGAAGUAUCAUCAAAUGAACUGUCCAUCACAAAACUUGAACCCAGAUGACUGUUGACAUCUGAAUCAGUUGUUUGACACGCCCUCUAAAGUAAGCUACUAGAACUGAAGGUGUGCAUUGUGCGCCUAUCGGGGAGCUCAUAACUUGCUAAUGAUAAGAUGUUCUAGCAGACAAAAGGACAUGUCGCUACUGCAAUGCCAUCGACCAGUUGUUACAGAACCAUCAGGAACAUCCUAUCUGUAUCGGGCACUCUACAACCGGCACUAGAAUUCUGAUACUAUUAGGUCAUUCUCAAUGUAAGUUUAAUGGACAUAAUUACCUAGAAUGACAUGUCAUCUAAAAAUUUUUGAAAUUAGAAUAAAACACCCCU